AUGAACACCGCCAAGAUGAUGACCGGAGACCGUUUCAUCCCCGACCGCAACGGUAUCAACUUUGACAUCUCCCAUUUCAACCUCACCUCUUCUUCUUCCUCCAAGGAGAACGUGCAGCAGGUCCAGAUUGCGAGCCCGGCCAAGGAGCGCUUCCAGUCGUCGCUCUCCGACGCCAUGUUCGGCGGCGACGCGAGCGCGGUCAAGUCGACCAAGGUGCUGGCCUUCAAGCACAAGGCGCCCGCCGCGAGCGCUUCCUUCCAGAACCAGAUGCGCACCCUCUACUCCGCCAACAAGGCCGCCGCUGCCAAGGGUACCGCCUCCACCUCCUCCACUCGCAGGCUGCCGUCGGUGGCGGACAAGGUGCUGGACGCGCCGGGCAUCAGGGACGACUACUACCUCAACCUGCUCGACUGGUCGGCGCAGAACACGCUCGCCGUGGCGCUCGACCGCAGCCUCUACCUGUGGAACGCCACCACGUCGGACAUCGACAUGCUCUUCGAGAUGCCCGACACCGACGCCGACGAUUACAUCACCUCGGUGUCGUGGAUGGCCGACGGCAACAUCCUCGCUGUUGGCACCAACAGCAACGAGGUGCAGCUGUGGGACGUGGCCAAGGGCCGGCAGGUGCGCACCAUGAAGGGCCACCAGGACCGCGUGUCGUCGCUGUCGUGGAACCGGGCCAUCGUGUCGAGCGGCUCGCGCGACACGACGAUCAUGCACCACGACGUGCGCCUCGCGCAGCACCAGAUCGCCGUGCUCGAGGGCCACACGCAGGAGGUGUGCGGCCUCAAGUGGAGCGAGGACGGCACGCAGCUGGCCUCGGGCGGCAACGACAACAUCCUCAACGUGUGGGACGAGGGCCGCACGGAGGCGCGCUUCAGGCUCGACCACCACACGUCGGCCGUCAAGGCCGUGGCCUGGUGCCCGUGGCAGGCGGGCCUGCUGGCCUCGGGCGGCGGCGCCGCCGACCGGUGCAUCAAGAUGUGGAACACGCGCAGCGGCGCUGUUCAGGUCAAGUACGCAUGA